AUGUUAGUACACUGUUUAAAGAUAUUCGACAAGGUUGAAUACAUUUUUCCCAUGAGAGGACAUUCAUAUUUAUCGAAUGACCAAGAUUUUUCAUUGAUAGAAAAGAAAAAGAGAAAACUUGGGAAGGCUGAAAUUCCGGACGACUGGGACAAGCGUAUUCUUAAUUCUCGGCUACAUUCUUCACCUUUUAAUUUGGUAAAGGUCAAUGUCUCUCAGAUAUAUGAUAUUAAAGCAGUAACUGAUCCAUUUUCCCUUAAAAACGCUAAACCACCUGUCAAAAUAAAAGCUGUUCGAAUGAUAAGAAUAGAAAAAAAUUCACCAUAA